AUGGAUUACCUACCAUCCCAAUCGGCCGAUGAGGCGGUGCGCACCUCGGCGAAACGCACCGCCGACCUCUUCGGCACAGAAUACUUUAUGGUCACACCAUCGACCCUGGCAGACGGCGGCUCGAUUGGCGUGUCCUACCGGAGGAAAGCAGAAUACCAAGAUGUGAAAGAGUUGCCGCCAGCACUGGCAGAGAAGCAAGCCAAGACUGCCACAGGACGCGCAAAACGGCCCAAGAUCCAGCCCGCCCAGUCGCAGGCUUCUGGGGAUGGCAGCGGCGCGUCCAUGGCUCUUGUCAAGAGGCCCGCGGGUGCAGGUGCUGGUGCUGCUGGUGGCAAGGACCAGCCUCAGAGUUUGAUUCAGAGACCUUCCGCGACGAAGCAGCAACGGCCAGACUGGCACGCGCCGUGGAAGUUGAUGCGUGUGAUCUCGGGACAUUUGGGCUGGGUGCGAGCUUUGGCGGUCGAGCCGAACAAUCAGUGGUUCGCUAGUGGUGCCGGUGACCGGACAAUUAAGAUCUGGAAUAUGGCGACGGGCGCGUUGCGGCUUACCUUGACGGGUCACAUUUCGACUGUGCGCGGUCUGGCGGUGUCACCCCGGCAUCCGUACCUCUUCUCAUGCGGUGAGGACAAGAUGGUCAAGUGCUGGGAUUUGGAGACGAAUAAGGUCAUCCGCCAUUACCACGGCCAUCUCAGCGGCGUGUACACUUUGGCUCUGCACCCUCGCCUCGACCUGCUGGUUACCGGUGGUCGUGAUGGUGUAUGCCGUGUAUGGGAUAUGCGUACACGAAGCAACGUUCACGUUCUUUCUGGACACAAGGGUACCGUCGCCGAUAUCAAGUGCCAGGAAGCUGACCCACAGGUCAUCUCCGGUUCCCUGGACGCCACGGUGCGGCUGUGGGAUUUGGCAGCUGGCAAGUCCAUGGGUGUUCUGACGCACCACAAGAAGGGUGUUCGUGCCCUUGCCACUCACCCAAGCGAGUUUACUUUCGCCAGUGCCAGUACCGGUAGCAUUAAGCAGUGGAAGUGCCCAGAGGGUGACUUUAUGCAGAACUUCGACGGCCAGAAUGCCAUCAUCAACACUCUUGCCAUCAACGACGAGAACGUCAUGUUCUCGGGAGGCGAUAACGGCUCAAUGUCGUUCUGGGACUGGAAGACCGGUUACCAGUUCCAGUCUACUGACACCAUGGCCCAGCCUGGCUCCCUGGAAGCCGAAGCGGGUAUCAUGGCCUCCACCUUCGAUCGGACUGGUCUCCGUCUCAUUACGGGUGAGGCUGAUAAGACUAUCAAGAUCUGGAAGGAGGAUGAGGAGGCUACGCCUGAGACUCACCCUGUUACCUGGGCUCCUACCCUUGGCAGACAGCGGUACUAG